AUGACGGUGUCUGCUGCGAUUUGCCUGGCUGCCCGAGUGCGACGGCGAAGGGAUGUCCUGUGUGUCUUCUCCCGGGUCUGUCUGGCGGUGCUGGCUGCUGGUUCGUCUGGACGGGCUGGCGAAGGCGAAAGAAGGGGCAAGGAUGCCGGCGAGGAGACGCAGGCCGGUGGAGCGAUCGACGAUGGACAGUCGAAGAGAGCGAAAGAGAAGAGAAUAAGUGAGGGUGAAGAUGAUGAAGAAGAGAAGAUGAAGAAGAAGAAGAGAAGAAGAGAAGUGGUGAAGAAGUUGAAGUCGAGAACUUUUGGCUCAGGAGUCGCUUUUGGUCUUUUGCUCUACCAGCCUUCUUCUCCUUCUCCUUCUCUUACUCUUCUCUUACUCUACUGUCCUCUCUCUCUCUUAACUACUACUGACUGUCCUUCCUCUCUCUCAGUCCUUCUACUCUUACUUACUCUCUCUAUUACUCUCUCUCUCUCUCUUACUAUCCACUGUCUGCUGUCUGCUCUUCUUCAACAGCGUCGUCUACCACAGUCUACUCUACAGUCUCUCAGUCUCUACCACUAUCUACUCUUCCACUGCUCUACAGUCUCGAUGAACCCCCCGGCGCCGUCAAGUCCUCGCUUCACGCUCGAGCUCGAGUUCGUCCUCUCGCUGGCCAACCCGCACUAUCUCUCGCACCUCGCCGUCGCCCACCCGCAGCUGCUCGGCAUCACCAGCUCCAAGGAGAAAGACAGCAACGCCUCCAGAGACAGAGACGCUACCAGCAGGGAGAAAGACGACAGCGAGGCCUUUGCCGCCUACCUGGCCUACCUCUACGACUACUGGCGGCGCCCCGAGUACGUCCAGUUCCUCUCGCACCCGGGGGCGACGCUGCGGGCGCUGCGGCUGCUGCAGGAGGAGGCCUUCAGGGUCGCCGUCAUCCGGCCGCAGGCGAGAAAAAGAACAACAUCACAACUCGCAAGACGACGGCGGACAGAGGACUUGGACAGAGGACAGACGACAGGAGAGAAGACAGGAGAUACGCAAGGAUACUCAGAGGAUAUACAGAGGAUAUACAGAAGACAGAAGAGAAGAGAAGAGAAGAGAGAGAUCUAUGGGUCGUCCCUAGCAGCGUCGUCCAGGCGGCCAGGCAGCAUCACCACCACCACGACUACGACUACGACUACACUACGACCACCAUCACUACAACCACUACGACCACUACAGAGAGAAGACAGGAAGAAGAGAAGAAGAGAGAUGCACUCCGUCCGCCAGGCAUGCCGGCCGAAACACCAGGUGCUCGUCCUCAAGUGCUAUCCGCGCUUCCAAAAGGGCGUCCAGGUCGUCCGCCCAAACUCCUCUGAGCUCAGCUACCUGCUGCACUACGCCAGCACCCGCCGCAGCAAGCUGCUCAAGGUCGGCGCCUUUCUCGAGAAGCGCGCCGCCAGAGACGUCUGGAGGCAGAAGCUGGGAAAUGUCCAGGUGACGAUGCAGCUGCUGGCGGCGCUGAUAGAGAAGCUGCCGCGAGACCUGCCUCUCUACGCCAGCUCCGUCCUCGCCAUCCUCGACACCGUCCUGCAGCACUCCAACGACAUCGCCAUGGUCGAGGAGACCAUCCCGACCUUCCAGGUCUUCUGCUCGCACCAGGACGCCACCGCCCUCUCCGCUGACAUCGACUACAUCAACCAGUACCGCGACGUCGUGCGCAAGUACGCCAGCUUCACCUCCAGGACUACAACCACUACCACAAAUACUACGACUACUUCUACAGCAACUGACCUGCGAUGGCGCAAUGUCGGGCUUCAAGCUAUCAGGGCCGUCGUCGGCUCAGAGGCCCUCGGCGCAGACUGGUCAAGGCAGCUCAACAUCGUCCUGCCCGUCAUCCUGCACACCCUCUACCAUUCCGGUGACCCGGGCCUGCUCCAGCUCCAGCAGCGAGCCGUCUGCUCUGAGAACUUGGAAAAAGAACACGCCCGGCGCCGGCGGAUGAGCAUUGCGACUGUCCAGACCGUCGACACCGUCGAGGCCGGCGAUCCGGAGUCUGCGUCGGGAACCGCCGCAGACGCUGACAAGGCCGCCGAAGUAGAGGCCCAGGUCCUCGCCUUCCGCUGUCUCGAGAAGGUCUUCACUCCCGGAAGCAACAGGCUGCAGAUACGCCUGGCCACCGCCCUCGUCCUCGAGUUUAUCGUCUCUCGCAACCCGCCCAGGCCCAAGAACGAUACCAGCUGGGCCACCGACUUGCUCGAAGUCAUCGUCAAUUGGGCCCCCGUCCAGGACCGCUUCGUCGUGCUCGUCACCUUGGUCGAGGCCCUCGCAGAACGGCCCCUGGUCGACGGCCAGCUCGAACCACAGCUCGGCCUCGUCUACAUGAUCGAAUGGCUGCUCAGCUCCUCCAUAAACCUCAUCGGCCUCAGCGUCAUGGACGUCCUCAUUGCCCUGCUGCGCUUCAUCGUCCUCCUCCUCCAUCUCGGCGAGGGCAGGGUCAAGGUCGUCCCCCCGCCCAGCAAGACCGCCUUUGCUCACCCCCUUGCCCUCGCUCAUACGGAUGAUGCCGCUCUCCCUGCCAGUACUACUGCUACUGCUGCUACUACUACUGGUUCUGCUGAAGAAGGAGGAACAGCUACAAACUCCCGGCCUUCCUCGGGGUCAAUGCGCCAGGAAUUGCUCGUGCUGCUGCAGUCGUCCGUAGCAAACCUCGCUAACCAUGUCUACUACACCGAUCAGGUGUCAGACAUGGUCAAGACAAUCGUCUCUCGCAUCAGACCUGCCUCGGCACCGGCAUCCUCAACCAACAACUCAGACCACGACGAGUCCGAAAGGGCCGCUGCAGACGAGUCGUCGUCCGUCGUAUCAGAUACCUACUUCUCUACUCCCAACGCUCGCAUCAUUGCCCUCAAGGCUGUCAAGGACACGCUCGACGUAGCCAACCGUCCGGGGGCUGGAAGCUCCUCCUCACGAGCUGGAGGAGGAGGAGGAGGAGGAACACAUGCCAGGCAUCCUGUCCCCGUCCACGCCUGGGAGGGCACUCAAUGGCUCCUCCGCGAUGCUGACAGAGACGUCAAAUAUGCCUACGUCGACGCUCUGCUCUGCUGGUUGAAGCUGGAGACCAACGACUCCGACCUCCGUGCCCCCGCUGAGCCACUCAAGGUCGGCAAGCGGAAAGACAGAGGAGCAGACCUCUCUGACAGCGCAGAGAAGCUGGUCAGAAAGGCCCUGCCCGCUUCAGGGCCCGACGACAAUAAUAAAGUUGCUGCAGCCGAAGUCUCACGGUUCCUGCAGCAUCUGCACUUCAACAUCUACGAGAUUGCUACUGACCCCGCCGUGUCCGAGGCUGAUAUUCUGCUCUCCCACCUCCUGCUGGUCAGCCUGGUAGACCGCUUGGGCGUCAAUGCAAUCAGGUACGGACUGCCAGUCAUCAUGAAGCUCCAGUCUUACUGUCUCGACCCGUCUACCCCUGCCUCCCCGCUAAAGGCCGGAAGUCUUGUCCACGGCUACCUCUCAGCCGUCGUCGAACGUUUCACCCUCGAAGGCACAAAGCUAGGCAGAGACAUCCUCAACGAGGUCGUCAGGCGCAAGAAGAACGGCCUCUGGCUCACCAAGGUCCAGCUGCCUCCUCUCCCUGCAGCCCGCAUCCUGGCCGAGCAGCCGCUCAACCCAAGUGAUACCAACACUGGUCCCGUCGUGCAGCCAAACAAAUCCGCUUAUACCCCUUUUACCUCCAUCGCCGAACUGGUCUCCCAGAUUGAAACCGCUUACAACCAGUCCUGUCUCUCCCCGGCUUCCAGCCCAGCAAGUUCUCCCGGUGCAGCCGUCCAGGGGCUCGCAGCUACUCUAUCCUUCCAGCCGCCAGCUCGUCACCUACCCACUACAACCUUGCUACCGUCAUAUAUCAAGGACCAAAUGCUCUCUUCCUGGUCAAGAGAAGCCUGUCUAGCCUCCAUCGAACAGGAACGUACCCGAUCAUCUUCCAUCACGGGGUCAAAGAGCGGUUCCGUGCCCGUCCGCAACCAUCUCAACGUCACCGCAACCGCCGGCAAGAACGGAACCGCCAGCUCCCCCACAGGCACAGACUCGUCCCAUGGCCAUGGACAGAAAUGGCACCGUCCCGUCUCUGCUUCCGCUGCCGCUGCUGUUGCUACCACAGCCACCGCCCCUGGCACCCGCGCCGAAAGCCGCAAGGACCGCCGCCAGAGUCUCACUGAGAUACCUCACCCUCGGUCCUCUACAACCGCCUCAUCAAGCAAGGACUCUACAGUCCGCGUCAACGAGCUCCGUCGUGUCCUCUCGGUCAUGAACACUUCCAACGUCCGCCAUCCAAGCCCCCUGCGUGGCCACCCACCUCUAUGCAGCGACGACGCCUCCAGUGCCGAGAGCAUGGUCACAGAUACCUUCUCCACCUCGGACGCAGGCUUCAGCAGUACCGGUCCAGCCGGCAACGCAGACGCAGUCCUCGAAAAAGUCCAACAAACCCACGCUCCCCAACUCGACAAAGACAAAGACAACAAAUCCACACCUCCCGUCCCACCACUGCCUCAUCACCCUCAAUCCCGUAAACAACCCUCAAGAUCCUCUUCGGCAUGCCAAUCCCGCUCCAACUCUCGUUCUCGCCCUCGCUCCAAAACCAGAACACCAUCUACUUCUCGCCGCGCCGCUUCACCACAGACAUCUACUACCCGCUCUCGCAAACACAGUCGGAGCGCAGCAGAAAACCCCGUCGACGCAUGGGAUCCAAGUCUAACCCAGAACCCCAUCCUGCUUCGAUCCGUCAGCCAGAGCCGAAGAGCGGAAGUCGACAAGUUACUCGGUGGCAUAGCUACUCCCACUCCUACCACCCCGGACGCAGACACUGUUGUCCCCAUGCCCCCGCACGACGGAGUAAAAGGUCUGCUUGCCCCCAGCAGAUCGAUUUCAGGCAGAAGGGGGAUCGGUCCGCCUCCUUACUAG